UAAUAUAAAACCCUUCUCUGAUCGAAACCUGCAUAAUCACCAUAACCGGCCUCCCCGCCAGCCCUCUUGCUCACAGCAGCCUGCAAAACGCCGCGGCGUCCCGGAACAGCAGCGGCUACACCGUCGACCCGCCGGCCGACCCCGUUCCGCGCUGGAUGUCCGGGUCCCGAUCCAUCGUCCACCAUACGUAUGACGAGGAAUGUGUUUCUAAGCUUACAUCUGCACAAACUCUGCAAGUACCAGAUGAAUCAUCCUGGAAGGAGUUCCUCAACUCUAUAGCAACGAAGGAAUCCGAUACUUUCUGGUCUCGCCGGGCAGUUGCUGGUCACACUGCUGUGUUCUUGCCAGUAUCGCGAAGCUACAUUUCCACGUCUCCCGGGUCGUCCCUUUUGGUCCGGUUACGUCGUGAUUGGAAUUCGACGUUUUACAUCAGGGUUGAUCAGAAUGGAUCUUUCCACACAUAUCCUCCUGUGGGUGGACAGUUUCAGAGCUUACAAGAAGCGGACAAUGCCAUCGACCGCUAUCUUCGUGACCGUCGGAGUCCAAUGAUGUGCAAGGAGCUAGCUGGGGUUUCUCAAAAGGAGAUGGCUAUACGACGAUGCCUUUACUGGCCUGACGGGACAAGGAAGAAACGUACAAAAUCACAAGUGAUUGAGAAAACUCUUGAUCCGAUGCGCUCAUUGGUUCAAGCUUUAAUGGACCAGUAUAACGAGAAUCACCAACCUGAUCUUCCAUAUGAACUCAAAGAAUUUCUUCACUGCCAGUAUAUUUCUGAGAGUAGUAUCGGUAGCUACUAUCAUUUGAAUUUCACUGCAAAUAGGAAUGGAGCUGAGGAUAUUGACCGUAGCAAAGACAGUAUGUUCUUUGUUGAAGUCAAAUUUAUGAAAGGAGAACAAUUAGAAUUGGUGGUUAACUGUUUCUGCAUGGUUGAACAUAAUGACAAUGGUCACUGCUAUGGUUGUAUAAAUAAUGGAAGUGCUUACAUGAAGCACCCCAGCAAGGAUGAUGCAUACACUGGUGGUCACUUGGACACAUAUUCGUCAUUUGGAUAUGAUAGGAGUGACGCUGAUAAUUCUGAUAACGAGGAGGCUGAGGAGACUAGGAUAAGACGUAUGUACGCGGACUAUGAUGUUGAAGAACGUAUUGUGGCUGAACUGGGCCUCGACAAAGACCCUCCACCUAACAUAACUGAAGAAGAUCUGAGGAGGGUGUUUGGGCGUGAAACAUGACAUCACCUUGCACUUUCUGGGACUCAAUGUAGGAGUAUGUAUAUUCGGAUCAGCAGGUCUGUUAGUGUUUAUCUUCCCAAGUUGUAGACCAAAGCGGCGUAUUUCAUGUUAUUUAGGCGCAAGAAGAAAAGGAUGCCCUAAAGUUGCAUUGGGAGAUUAUUUGGUUUGCGACGGAUUUUUGUUUAUAACAAUUUGUAUUUAAUUA